CAAUAGCCAAUUCAAAUUUCAAAUCUCGGGGGCUGAGUGAAUUGCUAUAGGAAUUGCGAAAAGCGCAGCAUUUCAUUUCAAUUACCAAGCAUGGAUAAGAAGAAGCAGGAGCACACAGGGAACAAACCGAAACAGCAAUCGACCAUGGAGAAGAAGAAGAAGAAGCAGCACCAGCAAAAUGAGAUUCACAAGAGCAAGAGCAUUCACGACACUCUCCCUCUUGAGCUGAUUCACAGAAUCUUACUGAGGGUUCCGCUCAGACAUCUCGUUCGCCUCAAGUGCGUUUCAAAGCUUUGGCACUCUCUCAUUUCCGAUCCCGACUUUGCGGAAUCGCAUGUUCACCUCUCUGCCGCACCCACCCAUGUAUGCCUCCUCAUAAACGAUUACUCCAAGGCUUGCUCCGUUGACAUUGACACAAUAUUUCACGGCUACAAGCAUGCUACUGCAGUAAAAGAGGUAUCUCUCCCUUUCAAGAUGAAAAAACAUUAUGAUUUUGAAGUUAUGUGCUCCUGCAGAGGCUUUGUUCUCUUACACCGAGCUCCGCAUUUUUUUGUCGUAUGGAAUCCAGUGACUGGAUCCAGCAAAAUAGUAUCCUACUCUCACAUUGUUUCUCGUUGUAAUCGCAAUUGGUGUUUGUUUCCCCGUAGUGCGAUUUUGUAUGGAUUUGGUUACGAUGCUUCACAGGAUGACUACUUAGUUGUUGUAGCUUCUCGGGAUAAGAAUGGCCAAGACUACUUUGAUUGCUUGUCUUUGAGAACCAAUUCAUGGAUUAAUCUUGAUUCUGCACUCCCCAAACCCUUGGGUGUGAGGAACUGGGAAUCGUGUGGGUUCUUCUUGAAUGGCGCUAUUCAUUGGUCGUCUUGCACUCUUGGAGUUAAAGAUUACAGUAUUCUUAUAUUUGAUUUGAAGGAAAAGAGUUUCUCAACCAUAUCUAUGCCUGAACAAGUAAUGUGUUAUCUCAAACCCACUCGUCUCGCCCUACUAGGAGGGUGCCUAGCCUUGUAUUCAUAUGAAUACGGUAAAACUAACAUAUGGGUGAUGAAAGAAUACAAAGUGCAUUCAUCUUGGACUUUUUAUCAGAUUUCUCGUGGAGAGUGUGUGCCUCUAUGCUUAUCCAAUGGUAGUGACAUUGUUGCACUAGAUCCUGCCCCAAUAUCUACAUAUACCGACUUAAGGUUUGUCAAAUAUAAUGCCAGAGGAGAGCUCCUCCGAAUCAAUUAUUUUGAUUAUCCUCAUCUCCAACAUUUUAAAUAUAGUAGUCAUGGAUUGUCUAAUUCCGGCACAAGCUACACUGUAUACACAGAGAGUCUCGUGUCACUCCCUAGUGACAUUAAGGAUAAGGAUAGGGAUAAAGGACAAGAAGAAGAAAAACGGUAUGUAACUAUUCUCCUAUGCAUUGCACUAUGUUAUUCCUCAUAGUUUUCCUUGCUUUGUGAUUAAUUAAAAGUACCAAGCAAGAUGCAUUAUGCAUCAAGUUGCAAUCAGAUGCAGGGUUUGGCUAUUGUUAGAAUUUGUCAAUGCUUAGGGAAGAAUUGAUCACUGUCUUGCUUCCUAAAGCCUAUUCUUGUGGUGAGGGGUUUUAAGUUAUUUCUUUUUUCAUGUCUAUUGCGGUGGUUAU